AUGUCUACAGACAUGGAGGUCGUAAGUGUUCUUCAAUACCUUGACAACAAAUCCGUAUUGGUCAUUGGAGCUGCUGGUUUUUGUGGAGAAAUAUUAAGGGUGGCACCAAACGUGAAGAAACUAUAUCUUCUUCUAAGAGCAUCAGAUGGGAAAUCUGUUACUCAGAGAUUUAACGACGAGAUUUUGGGGAAGGUAGUGAAGGAGAAGUAUAGUCCUAAGCUACAUCAUCUUAUAACAGAGAAACUCACUAUCGUCCAAGGAGACAUUUGCCUUGAUGAUUUGGGUCUUCAAAACUCCGACUUGACACAUGAGAUGGUCCAAGAACUUGAUGCCAUUGUUAAUUUAUCUGAAACUACUAAGUUUGAUGAAAGAUACGAUGUCGCACUUGGGAUCAACACAUUCGGUGCUCUUAAUGUCUUGAACUUUGCCAAGAGAUGUGCAAAGGUUAAGGUCUUUGUUCAUGUAUCGACAGACACUGACAAUGAGAAGAAAUUGGUUCAAGAGAAACUUGACCAGCUUCGAGCCGCUGAAGCUCCUCCUAAAACCAUCACACAAGCCAUGGAGGAUCUCGGACUGGCGAGGUUCUAA